AUGGGACAGUCCUCUUCUACACAACGUGAACCUCCUGACACCAGAUAUCCGGAACGCUUCUCACCUUUUUCGGUAGACCGUGGCUCGAACACGAGGGAUGAAGACAUGAACCAUAGGCAGGCGGCUGAACACAACGGGGAGGGUGGCUUCUCGCAACGUGCCGAGAUGGAUACGAAUAGAGGCGAUCAAGCUACACUCGAGAUGACAAAUGAAGCACAGGACAUAUGGCACCAACCCACGCGGUUCUCCGGUGGAAUCUCGCAACCCAUGCGCAGUAUCGAAGAGGAGGAUGACCCAGAGUUUGAACUGCCAUCGCGUGAAAUACGCACUGCGGCAUUUGCUCGAAUGGCAGCUCGGAGGCAAUCAACUAUGUCCAGGCUAGGGUCUAGGCUGCUUCCCAAUUCAGUCAUCCGUGGGCUGCUCAAUAGUCAAGAAGAAACCCCGGCCGAGGGUCAUGCACACCGACAUGGGCUAGUCACUAGACCUAUUCCAAGGUCGGAGACGACCCACACAAGUGGUCGCUUCAGUCCCUUUACAUCGCUCAGCUCAAGAGGAAUUACUCGACGUCGUUCCAACCGAGGGCCUUAUUUCAUUCCGCCUCGCUCGGGAUCCUCUGGACCACCAGAUGUCUCUGGAAACCCGUCAUAUCUUGAUUCCGCUGACUCGGUUCCAGAGCCUACGAGAGCCUCCUGGCGUCGCAGUGUUCGAUUGAGCCGUGUUCGAAAUUCGAUUUCCUCCCCCAUCUCUCACAUGUUUGGUCAACCGCACUCUAACGUGCAGGGCCACGCAAACCCGCCGCGUCGUAUGUCGGAUCCAUCGUUCGAUGAGAGAGCAAUGGAUACUCGGUUGGAUUUCGGCGAACCACCUCAUGAACUCGAUUCUGUGGAACCAGCCAUUCAGGCAGGGGACCCGUUAGCCGGCUCGCCUCCUGGCCACCCGAACCCUGCUCUGAUGCGCCGAUUGCCUGCUCUUAUGCGAGCGAGACAAUCUAGAAACGCGCGACGAGAGGAGCAAACUCCUCUCUCAAGAGUUCUCCAGCUCGCUGCAGCGGCCAUCGCCGCUCAGCUCUCCGGUACCGCUGGCCCUGCAUUGCCCAACAUCCAGGCUCUAGGAAAUGAUGGAAUAGAUGGUUCUUUGGAGACAUUUAUCCAGAGUUUACAGCACGCGACGUCUGCUCAAGCCCAGCCAACUGCGGGAGGAGAAGGACCGAGCGGUUCUACAAAUGAAGAACCCUCGCCUCCCGUCAAUUUUUUGCGUGUUUUCCGAUUUGCCAAUGCAGAUUCCCCAGCAGGCCCAGUUGCCCCAGAACCGACCGCGAACGGCCGUGGCGAUCCCGGCACCCAAACCCCCGAGGGAAUGGACGUUGACGAGCCUGCGGAAGGCGAAGGACGAACUGUGACCCUCGUUGUGGUUGGUGUUAGAUCGGUCCCUGCCGGGAAUGGAAGCACCGAGCAACAAGGCCCUCCCCCUGCAGGUCCCGGGGGGCUGGCUUGGAUGCCCUUCUUGGAUGCCAUGGGUGAUUCGACGCAACGGGGAGAGCCACCUUUCAGACUACCUAUCCCCCGUCAUCCGGGCCAUGCGCCACUCCAUGCCCCCACUGGGGCUUCAUCUCGUCCAUCAGGGCACAGUAUUUCCAGAAGAUCAUCUGAUGCCGGGCCCCGUGCCGCGUUCCCAUCCUUCCCCCCUUCUGCCUUCUCAGACAGCCCUCCGGGACCCCACCCUCCACCAUCUACUCCAGCUGAUCAAGGUAUGUCUGCUGUGUCCUCCGGCACUUCUACUCCCAGUCGCAGACCGUCCUCUGCCUCGGCAAUUGCUUCGGAUAUUUUGCCUCAUCUACACGCGGGCCAGGCAGUACGGCCAAGGCCAGGGUCCACGGAAGAGCCUUCGACACUCAAUUACGCUCAUCAGCGACGCCGAAGUGAUUCAGAAUUUGCUCGUCAUCGGGCACUGGGCUCUGGUGCUGUCCGGCGCAAUGGCAUGGUUGAGCCCGAUCAGCCUCCACCAAGCGGGGGUCGUAGUUGGUUGAUCUAUGUUGUCGGAACCAAUCUCUCCGAGAACCAUCCGGCUUUGACCACUCCAAGCCUUUUUACUGAUAACCCUACCUACGAGGAUAUGAUACUGCUCUCGUCACUGUUGGGUCCAGCUAAACCCCCUGUUGCUUCUGAGGCCGACGUCAACUCUGCAGGCGGACUAUUCCGCCUUGUUGAGUAUGGCGGCUCCUUGGUUGCAGAGUCCGUGGAUGGCGCUGGCGCCAUUCAAAUUCAAGAUGGGGAGCGUUGCUUGAUCUGUCUGAGUGACUACGAAGUGGCGGAAGAGGUCCGAGAACUGAAUAAAUGCAAGCAUGUCUUCCACAGAGACUGCAUCGACCAGUGGUUGACUACUGGGCGUAACUCUUGUCCCCUUUGCCGAGGUCAAGGUGUAAAUGAAACCACCAGCACUGGAAACUCAGCCCCCGGACCUACUCCUGCUCCUGCUCCUGCUCCUGCUCCAGAUGGCGCAGCUGUCUAG